CGCCGCCGCAUUUGGGCGGGGGGACCCCGGAGUCCGCGGGCUGCGGACCGGAGCGGGAGACGGGGCUGUCGUAGGAUGCGCUCCCGCUGGACGCCGGCGCACUCUGAAUAUCAUGCUGCCGCACACGCGGGGCUGAAGGGCCGAGUCUUCACCUGCGCGGGGAUGCGGCGGAAGCGUCGCGUCUUCGCGAGUGGAGGUUUCGUGUUCCCGCGGGGUUGGUGUGUUUUUGAACUUCACGAGCUUCUCAUCCCCCCCGCAAUCCUGGUUUUAGCAGAUGUCGGGGUUUUGGAGACCUGACACUUUUCGUGAAAGAUUCUUUCUGGAGCCCCCUAAUGAAAGUCUUCAGUAAAUAGUUUUUCUGCAUGGACUGAUUUUCCUGAGGCCAUUGUGGAGAGAGGUAUCUGUGGGCUUGUGAAGCUGCUCUGCCACACCAGUAAGGAUCAGGGAAAGAAAAUACUUAGGCCACACCGUUGCAGUCUUUGGUUGCAUGCCAGUCUGAAGCAUUUUAUGGACCCGUUUUGCCAUAGCUCUUCAGAACCCAGGCUGCUUUCAGGAACAUUGCUGUGGAUUCCCAGGGCCUAUUGCACUAGAAGCAAGAUGGCUGAACUCAAUACUCAUGUGAAUGUCAAGGAAAAGAUCUAUGCAGUUAGAUCAGUUGUUCCCAACAAAAGCAAUAAUGAAAUAGUCCUGGUGCUCCAACAGUUUGAUUUUAAUGUGGAUAAAGCCGUGCAAGCCUUUGUGGAUGGCAGUGCAAUUCAAGUUCUAAAAGAAUGGAAUAUGACAGGAAAAAAGAAGAACAAUAAAAGAAAAAGAAGCAAGUCCAAGCAGCAUCAAGGCAACAAAGAUGCUAAAGACAAGGUGGAGAGGCCUGAGGCAGGGUCCCUGCAGCCGCAGCCACCACAGAUUCAAAACGGCCCCAUGAAUGGCUGCGAGAAGGACAGCUCGUCCACAGAUUCUGCUAACGAAAAACCAGCCCUUAUCCCUCGUGAGAAAAAGAUCUCAAUACUUGAGGAACCUUCAAAGGCACUUCGUGGGGUCACAGAAGGCAACAGACUACUGCAACAGAAACUAUCCUUAGAUGGGAACCCCAAACCUAUACAUGGAACAACAGAGAGGUCAGAUGGCCUACAGUGGUCAGCUGAGCAGCCUUGUAACCCAAGCAAGCCUAAGGCAAAAACAUCUCCUGUUAAGUCCAAUACCCCUGCAGCUCAUCUUGAAAUAAAGCCAGAUGAGUUGGCAAAGAAAAGAGGCCCAAAUAUUGAGAAAUCAGUGAAGGAUUUGCAACGCUGCACCGUUUCUCUGACUAGAUAUCGCGUCAUGAUUAAGGAAGAAGUGGAUAGUUCCGUGAAGAAGAUCAAAGCUGCCUUUGCUGAAUUACACAACUGCAUCAUUGACAAAGAAGUUUCAUUAAUGGCAGAAAUGGAUAAAGUUAAAGAAGAAGCCAUGGAAAUCCUGACUGCUCGUCAGAAGAAAGCAGAAGAACUAAAGAGACUCACUGACCUUGCCAGUCAGAUGGCAGAGAUGCAGCUGGCCGAACUCAGGGCAGAAAUUAAGCACUUUGUCAGCGAGCGUAAAUAUGACGAGGAGCUCGGGAAAGCUGCCCGGUUUUCCUGUGACAUCGAACAGCUGAAGGCCCAAAUCAUGCUCUGCGGAGAAAUUACACAUCCAAAGAACAACUAUUCCUCAAGAACUCCCUGCAGCUCCCUGCUGCCUCUGCUGAAUGCGCACGCAGCAACCUCUGGGAAACAGAGUAACUUUUCCCGAAAAUCAUCCACUCACAAUAAGCCCUCUGAAGGCAAAGCGGCAAACCCCAAAAUGGUGAGCAGUCUCCCCAGCACCGCCGACCCCUCUCACCAGACCAUGCCGGCCAACAAGCAGAAUGGAUCUUCUAACCAAAGACGGAGAUUUAAUCCACAGUAUCAUAACAACAGGCUAAAUGGGCCUGCCAAGUCACAGGGCAGUGGGAAUGAAGCCGAGCCACUGGGAAAGGGCAACAGCCGCCACGAACACAGAAGACAGCCGCACAACGGCUUCCGGCCCAAAAACAAAGGUGGUGCCAAAAAUCAAGAGGCUUCCUUGGGGAUGAAGACCCCCGAGGCCCCGGCCCAUUCUGAAAAGCCCCGGCGAAGGCAGCACGCUGCAGACACCUCGGAGGCCAGGCCCUUCCGGGGUAGUGUUGGUAGGGUUUCACAGUGCAAUCUCUGCCCCACGAGAAUAGAAGUUUCCACAGAUGCAGCAGUUCUCUCAGUCCCGGCUGUGACGUUGGUGGCCUGAGCUAGGAGGAAAAAGAGCAGUUUUCACUCAGUUUUGGUUCCCUGCCCGAGGUGCUGACCCAAUUCGCUGCCAAAAGAGUGUCAAUCAGAAUAUACAAAUCCCGUAUGGUUGUGUCAUCCUCUCUUAAUCAUUUUUACUAAUUCUAAUAAUCAGCUCUAGCUUGCUUCAUAAUUUUCAUGGCUUUGCUUGAUCUGUUGAUGCUUUCUCUCAUCAAGACUUUGCAGCAUUUUAGCCAGGCAGUAUUUACUCAUUAUUAGGAAAAUCAAGAUGUGGCUGAAGAUCAGAGGCUCAGUUAGCAACCUAUGUUGUAGCAGUGAUGUCAGUCCAUUGAUUGUCUUUAGAGAGUUAAUGUUACAAAAAAGAAUUCUUAAUAAUCAGACAAACAUGAUCUGCUGAGGACACAUGCGCUUUUGUAGAAUUUAACAUCUGGUGUUUUUCUGAAAAAAUAUAUAUACAUAUAUUGCUUUAUUUGAAACAAAUUAAAAUAUGCUGCAUUUGA